CCUUCAAACUUGCGCACAAUGUCGACCAAUGCCACCAAUCUCAACCAGCCUUCAGAGACGGCACAAGCGCAGUUUCAAUCGAAAGAUGCCAGUAGCGCAUCGUUUUCGUCCCUAGGCAUCAGGAACACUAACAUCAAUGAGGCUGAAGGGGUCAAGCUGUCUGACAAGCAGAAAGUCGUUGUUGGAAGCGUGCUCGAUCUGUUCGAGGGUAACCCAACCCUCAAACACUUUUCGCUCUGGAACCCUGACGCUACAUUUGAAGAUCCCAUCACCAAGGCGGCUGGCGAGUCCAAAUACAAGGCGCAAUGGUAUGGUCUGCCUGCCAUCUUCCACCCGAUAAACUUGCAAUCUCACAAAGUAAUCGACUCCGGCAACCCAAUCCGUCUCGAGGUGUCCAAUAAGUAUGUGGUCCGAGGCAUCGGCAAGGAGCAAGUCAUCGACAGCGUUGUCGAGGUUUUCUUAAAUGACCAAAACGCCCGGAUCGACAAGGUCAUUGACAAGUGGAACGGCAAACUACCCGACAACGUCAUUGCCGACGCGUUCCGGAAGCUGAACGCUGUAACUGUACCUAUGUUUGUGACGGUCCCCAAGACGGAAGAGGAGGACAUGAAGAUGAAGGUGGCUAGAGAUAAGGAGAACGAGAAGAAAUAG